CUACUUCAAGGUAAUCCUCCAAGGCAGAACAAACCUUAUUAAUCACCUUUUUAAAAAUCAAAUGAAAACAGUAGUUAUGUAAAUGAGGUCAUAAUCUGUGUGUAUCAAAACGAGUGACUCUAAUUGAUUCUGGCAGCCUUAAACUAUCUGAAAUACACAGAAACAACCAAUUAAUGACAGUUUGAUGAGCAGCUGUUUUGUGUCCACAGUGAAGUCAGUCAACAAUGGGAUCAGUCUGAAAGAGGGGCAGGCUGUGAAGGCUACCGAGGUCAAGAAGGAGAGGAAGGUGGUGAAGAAGUUGUACCCCAACUCAGCUCUGUUUACAACCUGGGGUGAUGAGCUCUCAGAGGAGGAGCAGAAAGAGGCAGAAGGGUUGUUUCAGAUGUAUGGAUACAACGCCUUCCUAAGUGACAGACUACCCCUGAACAGGGAAAUCCCUGAUACUCGCGAUCCUAAGUGUGCUAAUCACCAGUACCCCCAUGACCUGCCCACCAUCAGCGUGGUGUUGAUCUACUUGGACGAGGCCCUGUCAAUCAUCAAGAGAGCUGUCCGCAGUAUCAUAGACAAGACCCCCCAACACCUCCUCAAAAACAUCAUACUGGUGGAUGACCACAGCUCCAAUGAGGACCUAAAGGAGAAGUUGGAUGCCUACAUCAGAUUCAUCGAUGAAGAGCGUCCGGGCCUGUUGAAGAGAGUGAGACACCUGGAGCAGCUCGGUCUCACACAGGCCCGCCUCUCAGGGUGGAGGGAAGCUGAAGGAGACGUGGUGGCCAUCUUGGAUGCCCACAUAGAAGUCCACGUGGAAUGGGUGGAGCCUCUGUUAGCGCGGAUAAAGGAGGACCGCACGUUGGUGUUGACACCGGUGUUUGACAAAGUCCAUUUCGAUGACUUGACAGUCACGCGUUAUUGGCCGAGUGCAGACGCCUUUGACUGGGCCCUGUGGUGUAUGUACGAGUCCUUCAGACCUGAGUGGUAUGCCUUAAAAGACGAGACACAGCCAGGAAAGAGCCCCUCCAUUAUGGGCAUACUAGUGGUUGAUCGCCUGUUCUUUGGGGAAAUUGGUGCUCUGGAUGGUGGUAUGAAGAUCUAUGGAGGUGAAAAUGUUGAACUGGGCAUCCGGGUGUGGCUGUGUGGUGGAAGUGUCGAGGUCAUACCUUGUUCUAAAAUAGCCCACAUCGAGAGGGCCCAUAAACCCUAUCUCCCAGACCUGAGCAUUACAAUGAAGAGGAAUGCUCUGAGAGUGGCUGAGGUCUGGAUGGAUGAAUACAAACAUAAUGUCAACAUCGCAUGGAACCUCCCACUGAAGGAUCAUGGCAUAGACAUUGGGGAUGUUUCAGAGAGGAAGAAGUUGAGAAAGAGUCUGAACUGCAAACCCUUCCAGUGGUAUCUGGACAAUGUGUAUCCAAUGUUAGACCCCCUGGGUGACUUCCUUGGUUAUGGAGCUCUGGUCAAUGACCUGAAGAUGGAUCUCUGUAUAGAUCAAGGCCCAGUUCCGGGGAACACACCUAUUUUACAUGGAUGUCAUUAUUUUGGUCCACAGAACUGUUAUUAUCGAGCCAGCGGGGAGAUCUACAUUGGAGGCAUCAAGUCUCACAAGUACAACAGUAAUCGCUGUCUGAUGGACAUUGGCACUCAAACCCCAGGACUGUAUGAUUGCAAGGAGGCCAAGCAGAAGGGAUUCCACAUGCUCUGGGAAUUUCAACAGGGAAAAUCCAUCCAGAACAGACAGACAAAGAGAUGUCUGGAGAUUGCCCCAGGGGAGGACACUUUCUACCAUCUCAUCAUUCAGGAGUGCAGUGGGCAGCACUGGUUAAUACAGAAUGUGAUAAAAGACAAAUAUCAGCCCACAGAGAGAAGCACGAGAUUGAACUUCACUCUAUUUGUCGCCAACCGGUCGAUCGCGACUGAUCGACAAGGUAUUCCUAGACGAUCGGCAAACACUUCUGUAAAAAAAAACAGAAUAAAGCCUUGUGAUCUUAUUUUUUUUCCAUCUCGGCUGUUGGCGGUAGAUGCACCCGUUUCAGCCGCCCUGUGCGCCAGGUAGGCGAG